AUGAAACCGCAAACACUGGACCCCCACGCCCGACUCGAGCGAAGCGAGAGGAGCAGCGGGGUCUGGGGCGGAGCCCCAGCCGCCGGAGGCAAUCCCCCCACCACCCCAGUCAAUAGACCCAGUGAAGACAGAGAGAGAGAGAAAAAAAGAACUAACGGAGUAGAAUUGUUUACCAUUGAGCGGGCGUUUUAUACGGGCGAUUACCAGCAGGUGAUCUCGCUGGAUAUUUCCGGGUUUAAGGACCCUGCCAAGCUGCGGGCCCAAGUGUUGGUUGCACGGGCCAAUAUCCAGUUAGGCAAGGGCAGAGAUGUCAUCAGCCAAUUAAAUGGGUCGACUGAGCCAGAUCUGGCAGUGGUCAAGGCAUAUGCCGAGUACCAGGCCGGUAUUAAGACGGGAUUGGCUGCUGUAGAGAAACUGAUCCAGUCGAAUUCCGAGAAUGCCACUGUCCAAUAUAUCGGUGGACUAGUGCUGGUGGCCGAAAAGAAGUAUCCUGAAGCUUUACAAUUGCUAGGACAGCAUCAGGGCAGUUUGGAGUGUGUUUCUUUGAUCAUUCAGAUCCAUUUGAUCCAGAACAGGCCUGAUUCGGCCGCUAAAUUGGUCAACGAGGCCCGCAAAUGGGCUCAAGAUAAUGUCGUGUUUAAUGUCAGCGAGGCAUGGACGAAUCUCCGAUUAGGUCCUGAAAAGGCCCAGUCGGCUUUUUAUAUCUAUGAAGAGCUUGCUACCGGUGGAGUGGCGUCGGCCCGGUCUUUGUUAGGACAGGGUGUGGCACAAAUCGAGCUUGGCCGGUACCCAGAAGGCGAGGAGCUGAUUUCCGAGGCUCUUCAGUUAGAGCCUGAGAACCCCGAGGUGCUUGCUAAUGCCAUUGCCUCGGCCAUUCUCAACGGAAAAGACUACACCGACUACGAAAGCAAGCUGGAACAGGUCCAGCGCGACCACCCGUCGCUCGUGGCGCUCAAGGAAAAGUCCGACCUCUUCGACAAGGUCGCUGCCAAGUACCAAGUAGCCUAG